AUGCGUCGAAAGACGUCGGUCGUGCACGGCGGGCACGGUCUUUUCAAGCAGACUGGUCGCAUGGAUCCCGGGCCGUCCUCGGAACAAGCAACCGCCACGCCCGGCAGACCGGGGAGGAUUGUACAAGGGGGGCGUGAGGAAGAACCUCUUGCCAACCGGGAGCCGGAGCGACUUGACGAGACGGUUGGAUUAGGUUACAAUGCUAAACUCACCGAGUUCAAAUGCUCGCAUACCGGGUCAUCAGCCGGCGAGCGAUCGACCAGCGGUCGGUCGGCCAGAGAGCGUUUGCGGGCUACAUUCGGUGCCCCCUAA